GCGCGAAGAUGCAAUGCGAGCGUCGAAAUGGUACGCAGCCCGCUCUGACGUACGUAGCAACCGUUGACCGUUGACACCGUUGACACCGCCUGGAAACGCGUCAAGGUGACUUAAAACUGAUUUAAUUUGAAAAAUAUAUUAACAUUUAUUUGACGAGCACUCUUGGUAAUUCAUGAAAACCUGAGCGAAUUAAAAAGAGUGUGAGUUUUCAUUAGAUUUAUCACAUCCGCAUUACUACACAAGCUUAUAUCAGCGCUAUUUGGUGACUUAACUUUCCGCUACAAUGUGCUACACAGUUGAGCUAAACCAAACAAGUUCUUUUUAACUCUCGUAGGCUUCCAGCUAAACGCUAAACGGAUAACAGAAAGCAUUUAGCCCGUCUGAGCGAAGCGGAGGCGACGUGGAAGUGAAUGCUCUUGUCGCCUAGCUAGCUAUCCUCCCUGCCCAGCUACUAGCUGCUCUCCGGGCUGUGCUCCUCUCUUCCUAUCUCUGUCAGCGGCGCGGCUCGGUAGUUUAGCAGGCUAGUACGGAGAGACGAGGGCUGCUCCCUUUCGCCUCUGCUCAGUCUGCCCAGCACACCAACAACACACCAUACAUUCCGCACCAUGGCUGCCAGGGACGUUGACGUAUUUUCGAAUGAAGAGAAGCGUAACCUCAGUUUGGGCGGACAUGUUGGAUUCGACAGCCUCCCCAACCAACUGGUCAGAAAAUCGGUCACACAGGGAUUUUGCUUCAACAUCCUCUGUGUAGGGGAGACUGGUAUCGGCAAGUCGACGUUAAUGAACACGCUCUUCAACACCAUGUUUGAGAACGAAGAGGCGAGCCAUUAUCAGAACGGCGUAUAUCUGCGGCCGCGAACAUACGACCUGCAGGAGAGCGGCGUCCACCUCAAACUGACGAUUGUCGACACCGUAGGCUUUGGAGAUCAGAUUAACAAAGAGGACAGUUACAAGCCCAUCGUUGACUACAUCGACACUCAGUUUGAAAACUAUCUUCAGGAAGAGCUGAAGAUCAAACUUCUGUUUAAUUACCACGACACCAGGAUCCACAUCUGCCUCUAUUUCAUCGCACCAACAGGACACUCCCUCAAGUCCCUGGACCUCGUUACUAUGAAAAAGCUGGACAGCAAGGUCAACAUCAUUCCCAUCAUCGCCAAAGCGGACACAAUCUCCAAGAGCGAGCUCCACAAGUUCAAAAUAAAGAUCAUGAGCGAGCUGGUGAGCAACGGGGUGCAGAUAUAUCAGUUCCCAACAGACGACGAAGCCGUCAGUGAGAUCAACGCCUCCAUGAAUGCUCAUCUGCCAUUUGCUGUUGUUGGUAGUGUGGAAGAGGUCAAAGUGGGCAACAAAACUGUGAGGGCCCGACAGUACCCCUGGGGUGUCGUGGAAGUCGAGAACGAGAGUCACUGCGACUUUGUAAAACUCAGAGAGAUGCUGAUCCGGGUCAACAUGGAGGACCUGAGGGAGCAGACCCAUGCCCGCCACUACGAGCUAUACCGACGCUGUAAGCUAGAGGAGAUGGGAUUCAAAGACACAGAUCCCGACAGCCAACCUUUCAGUCUACAGGAGACCUACGAGGCUAAGAGGAAAGAAUUCUUGGAGGACCUUCAGCGCACGAAGAAGAAAUGCGCCAAAUGUUUGUGAAAUAAAGUAAAAAGGCGG